AUGUCUUCCUUCGCAGCACUCAUUGACGACAAGUUCAUCAAAACUGGCAAGGUCACCAAGGCCGCUAUCUUGGGCAUCGACGGUUCUAUCUCUGCCCUCAGCUCUAACUUUGAGCUCAACGAAUCCGAGGCCAAGAUGAUUGUUGCCGCCUUUGACGGUUCCACAGGUGGACUUCGCAUUGAGGGCAAGAUGUUUGAAGUCGAGAAGUCGCAUAAGAAAAAUUCUAUUCACGCCACCUGCAACGAUGAAAUCGGUAGCGGUGUGGUCUGCGUCAAGACCGGCAUGGUUAUCCUUAUCGGAUAUUACGAUCAUAAAGUCAAUCCCAUUGAAUGCAUCGAAGUGGUUGAGAGUGUGGCCGAAGAUAUGGCUAAUGGAAACGUCUAA